AUGUCGCAGUACAUGCCGUACGGUGGGUUCAACUGGAUCGAGCCUACUCUGAUCGGAUUAGAUGAUUUGGACGAUACCUCCCCUAUAGGACGAGUGUAUGAGGUGGAUGUGUCAUACCCACGACAUUUGCAUGAUAACCACAAUGACUUACCCUUUCUACCGCAAAAUAGUGUGCCACAUGGAUCGAAGGUGCGAAAGUUGAUGGCGACGUUCGAGGAGAAAAAAAAUUAUAUUAUACAUUAUAGGAGCCUGCAGCAGGCCAUUAAGAAUGGACUAAUAGUAGAAAAAGUACAUAGAGUGAUACAAUUUAACCAGUCUAACUGGCUGGCUAAAUAUAUUGAGUUGAACACCGAGAUGAGGAAGAAGGCGAGGAAUGAUUUUGAAAAGGACUUUUUUAAAUUAAUGAACAACGCUGUAUUUGGGAAGACUAUGCAGUCUAAAAGAAAGGAGAUGAAGAUGGAGCUAGUGUCGUGUGAGAGGAGGUUACAAAAAUUAAUCAACAAGAGUACAUUUAAACACUGUACCAAUUAUAACGAAAACCUAAACGCUGUCGCACUGGAGAAUAAAAUUAUUAAAUUUGAUAAACCUAUAUAUAUUGGAUUCGCUGUACUGGAUGUAUCAAAAACGCUAAUGUAUGAGUACCAUUAUGAUGUCAUGCAGAGGCACUAUGGAGACAAAAUUAAAUUAAUGUACACUGAUACAGAUUCAUUGAUUUACCACAUACAAACGGAUGAUUUUUAUGCAGACUUGGCGACCAACCAUAACUUGUUGGACCGGAUGGACACUGCCAACUUGCCCACUGACCAUCAGUGUUAUGUGGUAAGCAGAAAGAAGUCUCCAGGAUACUUUUCCGAUGAAGUUUACGGCAACAUUAUUACUCAUUUCUGUGCGUUGAGGGCCAAGUCCUACGCUUUUAAUAUAUAUGCUGGUCCAGAGGAUGAGGUUGCAAAUGAUAGAAUAGGAGGAGAAAAGAUUAAGGCGAAAGGAAUCCGGUCUCAUGUGGUUAAAAACCACAUGACAUUCGAGGACCAUAGAAAGUGUUUGUUUGGGGAAGAUGGAGUGGAGGCGUACAAGGAGAAUGUAUCGAUUAGGUCAUUUAACCAUCAACUCAUGACCAUAAAGACAAAAAAAUUAACUUACAAUAGCUAUGACGAUAAGAGGGUGGUGUUAGAAGAUAAAGUCAACACACUAGCCCAUGGACACUAUAGUAUAGAGGAAGAUGACAUAUGGACAGAAUUAGAUGGAGGGGACUGGAACGUGGAAGAGAAAGGAUUAAUGAGAGACCUUCUACAUUACAUAACCUGA